UGCGGGAAGGUGGCAGGCUGUGGUUGGAGUGGCUGCGCGCCCUGGACAGGAUGCACCCGGCUGUGGCCUUAGGGCUGGUCUACAGUGGGUGCUGCAGCAACGUGGUGUUCCUGGAGUUCUUGGUGAGGGAAUUUCCAGGAUGUGGGAACUUAGUAACAUUUGCUCAGUUCUUAUUCAUAGCUGUCGAGGGUUUCAUCUUCGAAGCCAACUUUGGAAGGAAACGGCCUGCUAUACCGAUCAGAUACUACCUGAUCAUGGUGGCCAUGUUCUUCACGGUCAGCGUGGUGAACAACUACGCUCUCAACUUGAACAUCGCAAUGCCGCUGCAUAUGAUAUUUAGAUCGGGAUCGUUGAUAGCAAGCAUGGCGCUGGGCAUUAUCAUUUUGAAGAAAAGGUACAGCGUCUCCAAAUACGCCUCCAUAGCCCUGGUGUCUGUGGGGAUCUUCACCUGCACUUUCAUGUCUGCGAAGCAAGUGACUUCCGAUUCGAGCAGAAGUGAAGACAAAGACAGCAUCUCUACUCUCUUAUGGUGGCUGCUAGGCAUCGCGGCGCUGACUUUUGCCCUCCUCAUGUCCGCGAGGAUGGGGAUCUUCCAGGAGACCCUCUACAAGCGGUUUGGCAAGCACUCGAAGGAAGCCUUGUUCUACAACCACGCACUGCCUAUCCCUGGCUUCCUUCUGCUGGCUCCAGACAUCUACAGGCACGCUGUGCUUUUUAACCAGUCUGAACUGUUCCAAGUCCCAGUUUUGGCCCUGAACUUGCCCAUCAUGUGGUUCUACCUCAUCAUGAACGUCAUCACUCAAUACGUUUGCAUACGGGGCGUCUUCAUCUUGACCACGGAGUGCACCUCUCUGACCGUCACACUGGUGGUGACGCUCCGGAAAUUUGUCAGUCUCAUCUUCUCCAUCCUGUACUUCCAGAACCCCUUCACCAUCUGGCACUGGAUCGGCACCCUCUUUGUCUUCGUGGGGACCCUGAUGUACACCGAAGUGUGGACCAGUCUGGCGCCACUGCUGGAUCGGGAGAGAAAACCGAGCAAGAAGCAGGAGUGAAGCUCCAGUCUCCCCUGGAAAGCUUACGGCUGCUGCACUAAAAAAGAGACUUUUUUGUUUUUCUACUGAGGAUUUUUCUACAGCACAGCACAACAGAAGAUUCCCUUCUUGUGGAAGCUGGGGAUUGGUUUUUUGUAAUACAAAAAUAACUGAUCUUGGCUAUGCCGAGCAGCUGAACGAAUCCCCUGCGGUGGGGAAAUGCUUUACAACCUGAGAUAACGCAACGGAUUUGGACCAGGAGAAACUUGUCAAGGUUCAGACCAAGAUGGAUCUGAUUCUCGUCGCAUUUGUUCUGCUACCGCUCGAUAGCCGCUCACCAAAGGGCCAGUUUCAUGCCAUGUUGGUGCUGUGUGGUUUGCACAGCCAGAAUUCAGGGUGACCCAUAGGAUACGUGUUUUGCAUUGUAAGUACAUUUAACAGUGGCCUCGGGGCAUGAGGACCUGUGUCCACCAUGCCUUUUAUUGGGGUUGGAUUGUGUUGUGGCAGGAAGCAUCUUUGUGCAUUCGAAGAAAUUACUCACUGUGCAAAACUCGUCUGAAGUUUACGACAUAGCGAAGUAACCAUGUACGUAAAGCAUUGUUGAAUUUUUUAGGGGUGUUCCUAACUUCCACUGCAUUUUUCCUGACACUCAGUUCCCAAAAUUGGGCAAAGAGAGCAUAGGUAGCCAGUCAAAAUGCCAUUUAAGUGACAGACGCAGGGUGGGAGCUUGGUCGGCUCUUUUACCUGGCGGAUGGUUUUACGUUGAUCAGGCAAUUUAUAAUUUUAGCACACGGUUGCUAUUUUGGGAAGCAGGCGUGUCACAAAAUUGCUUCCGUGCUGAUGAGAAUGGCCUGUAUCUCCUUCGCCUUGUCCCCAACGGCUACUGGGACGCUCUCAUCUUUUAAAUACUGUUAUGGUUUUAGACAUCGCUGUUUUAGGGCUGUCCUCGCACUCUUUCCCUAACCCUCCUGUAUUUUAUAAAAGCUGGGUGGGGGGGGUUCAUUUGUGUCAUUGGUGAGUGUAGAUCUUUCUGUUUUACUGUAUCUCUUGACUUCUGCUGCGGUUUAGCAGUCCUCAAAAAACCCUGGGUGGAACCAGAGAGAUAUUACGGCAGAUGCAGGGCUGCCCUACCAAAAAGAAAAUCCUUGGGUCUGCUCCCCACCCCCAGUCUCGUGGUGUUCACCAUGACGUGCUAUCACGACUGCGAGUUUCCUCAACCCUCUCAUCUUGUCAGUGGCUGAUGGCAGCAGAGUAUUUGCUAUGGGAAGUCACAUUAUCAUUUUUUCACUAGGCAUUAUAGCUAAAGGAGAAGACGACGCGGGGAUCCCUUUUUCUGUGGCAGCCCUGUGUCUUACUAUGGUGUCCGGAGCUCUCUUGGUUAGCUGCUGAGUUAUUGUGUGGGCAAGCCAACUUUCCAGCGGUUUUCAGGAAAAGAAAGAUCUAUGGCGUGACUUUUGCUGAAGAACAGGAAGCACCGCACGUUUGUGCUUCUCUCUUCCUUUGCAUCUCUCUAAAUUCUGAAGGUCCUAUAUGUCCGUCCUGCCCUCCACCCUACCCCCUAAGUGCUAUGUAAAAUCUUUAAGGAUAGGAAACAUACAGAGUAUGCAGAGCUACCGACCAACCGACGAUUGUGUUGAAUGCCGUGCAGCACCAAUAUUGAAGUUGUCUUACCAACUUCACCAGAUUAUUUCUCCAGAGUUGUUACUUUUUGUGAACUGUGUCCCUUAGAAGUUUCUUGGAGAGAGCAUUUCCUAGCGUUCUUUUCUUAAAAUGGUAUCGACCGCCUUUCUCACAAGCAGUUUAGAAGUUUUUGGACAGGGCAGUUACGUUUGGACAAUCAACAUUUAUUUUUUGUUUCUGCCAAAUAAAUCAGUGUCAGCAGGGAGAAAUUUAUCUCAGAGAUGGGAACUAACGUGUCCUGAAAAGUUAGUUUCGAACACCCAGCUCUUGUUCACAGGCUUAGAGGAGGAGAAUAAAGCAGGGAAAGUAACGGUUUCUCCCUUGACAAUUUGGCUUCAGAUCGGUUUUAACAAUUGCUCCUUUUAGCUGAGGAAUUCUGCAAGUUUUUUUAAAGAAGCUAGCCAGUUAACACACUAUUCCCCCCCCCCCAAAAAAAACUACAAUUCCCAAGGUUCCUUAGGGGAAGCCAAGAUAGUUCAAAAACAAUUUUCAAAAUUAAUUUGAAAUGGAGUACAGACAUACCAGGAAGGGCUCGGAAAUGGAAUAAGGGGCUAGAAUACGUAGAACCAACUAAGUGUUAGGUCAGCUGCUUCUCUUCAGGUGCUGUGGAAUUCUUGGAAAUCCAAUAGACCGAGACCUUAUCCAAAAAAGGGAUAAGCUACACGGUUGUGAGGCAUCCAUGCGGUUAGUUUUUUAACCCAAGGUUGCUAAAACAGACGACAGCUUUAUCCAGGGUCCUUUUCACUUAGUGCAGGAAUGGGGUGUGGGGCAGUUGUCAUCUGCUAGUUAAUGGUGCUAGGUAAUCUACUAGUUAAUCGGCUGUUCGAUGGUGCAGGGAAUGGGUUUUUGACAUCUCCACUAACAAGUCAUCGCUUGUACAAUUACAGUAUUUAUAUAUUGCUGCCUGGCGCCUCUUGGGUCUAUAUCAAAGAGUUUUGUUGUGUGUGUUAUGCCCUUUUUUAAAAAAGCAGAAGGUAUCAUUUCCACCAUGUUCAUAUGCAUAUUUAUAUAUAUAACUGUUUACAAGCCUGCCUGAGUGCAGGAUUUAGCAUUAGACACGAGAGGUGGUUUUUGCCUUUUGUGUCCGUAUUUAUUACUGUAUCUGAAUGUCUUGAUUCCCGUGUUACAUUUGGCCAAACGUUGCAGGAAGCGUAUUCACGUCAGGGUAACGCUGGGAAAUUGCCUGACCAACUUGUGUACUUCUUGGAUGCCACAGAUCUGUUGGAAAUGGGCACGUGCGCACUUCUGAUCUCCAACAAGCGCAUUUCCAUGUAGGCCAGUUGCUGGAAUAGAAUUAUGGCCUGCAGAAGCGUCACGUAUGAACCGUUUGGCUCCUGGCAUCUUCCGCUGUGCUGCCUGGCUGGUGUGCAUCGUGGUCGUACUAUACGUGCGCUCCCAUGUGCAGAGUUAUAAAGGGACAACAUGCCUGAAAGGCCAGCAGGCGCAUAGAAUAGAUUGCUAGAUGUCCUUUGGCAGCCUCACAAUUUAGUUUACCUAACAUUGCGCUACAUGUACAGGUUCAGGAUAAGAAAGAAAGCUUGAGUAAGAGUUUCUGCUACCUUGCAAGAGCAACGGGCGUCUCUCCAUACCAUUUUUACGUUGAUUUUAAACUGUUGGAUGGAUGAGUCCCUUCCCUUUUAAAAAGAAAAUAAUUAGAAAUUGUGCUCAGUUUCUGUUAGCAAUCGUAAAUCCUCACAUAAGGCUCAUGGUUUCUAGGAUCCUUGGAGUUUCCUGGCUUCACGUUGGGAGUAUCCAAUAUUUGAGAGGGAAGUAACUUUAUCAGACACUUGAAAAGGUCAUCCAUGACUUGAACAAAUGUGCAUAAAGGCGGGGAGUGGCGCACCGAGAGCCAGUUAUUGAUGCGAACUCCCUGCUUCCUGGAAAUGGGAAGGAUGUAUAGAGAUAAAUAAAG